AUGAUCUCAAACGGCUACCUGGCGAAGGUGGUCAACGAGCGUGUCGUGACCGAGGAGGACAUGGGCCGCGUGGGACUGGGGACGGACGGCGACUUCAACCAGAAGGAGCUGUCAGACCUCUGCAACAGCCCCAGCCGCAACGCGCUCGUGGUGGAGACGUGGCGUCGCCUUGCGGGCCCGGGCGGCAGCAAGGCGCGCCCCGACGGGACGGCACGCAAGACGCUCGUCUUUGCGGUGGACCGGGCGCACGCGGAGGCACUGACCAAGGAGUUUGAGGCCGCGGGCGUCAAGGGGUGCGCGCUGCUGCACGGCGGCACGCCGCUGCAGCUGAGGCGCAGCGUGCUGACGGCCUUCAAGCACGGCGCGCUCAGCGUGCUCGUGAACGUCAUGAUCCUUACCGAGGGCUUCGAUGACCCGAUGGUGGAGGCGGUGUUCAUGGCCCGCCCCACGCGCUCCACCAGCCUGUACACCCAGGUCCGCCGGCGCAGCGGCGGGCGGCCGGGCAAAAGCUGGGACGGCGGGAGGGCGGGGGGCUGGGAGCGGGACCGGGAGUGA